CCGAAAGCUUCAACCGGAGUCAAGCUCCGACACGGUUCAGCCGAGUUCAGUCGCGCCACUCGGCCGUGGUGUUCACGUGCCACCGCAAGCUCGCAAGCUCGUCAACCCUCCGUUUCGUCGCCGACCGAGGGAAAACAGUUUACUGUCAGAGAAAGAGAGAAAAAAAGAGAGAGAGAGCAGGAGAGGGAGAUAGAAAGAGAGAGAGAGAGAGCGCGCGAGAGAGAGAGGGCGGACGAAGCCAGGUGGAUCGUACGCGUUCGAUGUCCUCGCUCGGUGUGUCCUGCCAGGAUCUCAAGAAUGCCUAACGAAAACGCACCAGCCUGCGAGUGCGGGGUGGUGGUCGACCAUCCGAAAUCACGGAACAGCUCUCUGUCCGCGAAGAAGCUGAUCAAGAUAUCGAAGUCGAAGAGCGGCAAGCAAGAGGGCCGGUCCGGCAAGAAACAGCAGGAUGAGGCACGCUCGAAGAAUAGAAGCUCCGAGACCGGAAGCAGUAGCUCGGUCGUCGACCAGGGAAGGCAGACCACGAAGACCAGCAAGUACGAGAAGCGUUUGAAUCACUCGAGGAGGACUCGAAGCGCCGACAGGGCGGAAUCGCAUUACACUUACAUCGAUUCAGGAUCUAGCAUACUCGGCGGAGGGAUUCGAGAGGACACUAUACCGGAGGCGUUGUACGCCACGAUCCCAGACACGCCGAACUCGAGCGUCAACGAGAUCGGAAAUAGUCAAUUAAACGCGCACAGCGGAGUGCGACCUUUUUACGUAGUCCCCUCUAUGGUGUCGCCGCCGCCCACCUACGACGUGGCGAUCUCGAAAACGUGGCAGGUAACAAAUUUAUCGAAUAAAUUCCUCGCGAAUGUAUUUUUACCAUCUCAAUAA